AUGGACAGCAAAAGCAAAGAUAAUAGUGAUACAGAUUCAAUUAACAAGGUUUUCACUCACAAAGGUCGUUAUGUGCAAUACAGUUUGUAUGGAAACUUGUUUGAAGUGUCUUCCAAAUAUGUUCCUCCACUUCGCCCAAUCGGUAGAGGUGCUUAUGGCAUCGUCUGUGCGGCUGUUAAUUCUGAUACACGGGAGGAAGUCGCCAUCAAGAAAAUUGCAAAUACUUUUGACAAUAUUAUUGAUGCCAAAAGGACUUUGAGGGAAAUUAAGCUUCUUCGUCACAUGGAUCAUGAAAAUAUUAUUGCUAUUAAGGAUAUUAUAAGACCUCCACAAAAGGAUGCUUUUAAUGAUGUUUACAUUGUUUACGAAUUGAUGGAUACGGAUCUUCAUCAGAUUAUUCGUUCGAAUCAACCUCUUAAUCUUGAUCAUUGUCAAUAUUUUCUAUACCAGCUAUUAAGGGGACUGAAAUAUGUGCAUUCCGCGAAUGUCUUGCAUCGGGAUCUUAAACCAAAUGGUACCGAGCCCCAGAGCUGCUCCUUAAUUGUUCAGAGUACACAUCCGCAAUCGAUGUUUGGAAAAGAUUAUGUUCAUCAACUAAGGCUUAUAACUGAGUUAUUAGGUUCUCCUGACGAUUCGAGCCUUGGAUUUCUCCGAAGUGAAAACGUGAAAAGGUAUCUUAGGCAGCUUCCAAGGUUCGGGAAGCAAAAUCUAUCGGCGAAAUUUCCUCUUAUGUCCGUCGAGCCUCUAGACCUACUAGAAAAAAUGCUUAUAUUUGAUCCCGACAAACGAAUUACAGUUGAUGAGGCACUAUGUCACCCAUAUCUAUCAUCACUUCAUGACAUCAAUGAUGAGCCAGUUAUUCCCAUGCCAUUCAGUUUUGAUUUUGAGCAGCCAUCAUGCACUAUAGACCACAUUAAGGAACUCAUCUGGAGGGAAUCAGUGAAGUUCAAUCCGAAUCCGCUGAAGCAAUAA